AUGUCUGGAGAAAAAAAUACCAACUUUAAGGCAAUGAGCGUAGCGGCGAUAAAGAAAUAUUUGCAAGAGCGUGGCGUAAGUGUAAAUGGCUAUCUAAAGCCUGGUCUGGUCGAACUCGCAGUUGCAGUUGAAAAGAUGAUGUUACCCCUCGAUCCCAACUUCGAAAGGGUAAAUGAUACGUAUACAAUGAAACAAAAAUUAAAUAUUCAUGAUAUUCAGAUUGGCGAUCCCUUUACAAUGAAGACAAUAAACGAUUUUAUUGACUCUCCACCGUUUGGGCUAUACGACAUUUUUAACCACCUGAUAUAUCAUGCCACUGAAUAUGACAAACAAGGCCUAGCUGCUUACAAGUCGUUUGAAGACUACCGGCUCUUUCAAGAUGGUUAUGUACGUUCUUUGGAAACAUUAACUUUAAAAGAAGCUGGGGUACAUGUAUAUAUUGGCCAAGUUCAACCAACCAUGCGAGCAAAAACCGAUGAUGGAAAAGACUGUUAUUCCUUGUGGUUUAUUCUGGAAGGUCGAGGGGCAAACAGAGGAAGUGUGCUGGAUGCAUUUUGUAAAUGUAAGGGUGCUAGGGACGGGGGUUGCAAACACAUUUCAGCUGCAAUGUACUCUUUGGAGGCACUGUUAAACCCAGAUGGAGAUAAAAGUGUGACCAGUGGUCCUUGCUUGUGGAUGCCGAAACCACAAUCAUGCAGUGAGCCUUGUUCGGUAGAUCAACUGUUGAUUUCCAAAAGCAAGCCACCAGCAAGUAAGGAGAGAAAAAGAACAUACACAUGGUUGCAAAACAUUGACUUUGAUCCACGAAACCCUAAACAUCGCAAAGUCUCAUCUAUAAAGGAACGAGUAUUGCUUACAAAAAGACUCAGUGCUGUAGAGGAUUCAAAAUGUAAUAUUAAUCUCAGCAGU